AUGAGUUAUUCUUUCGAUAUCCAGUUCAAGUCGACAUUAAAUAUCGCAAAUGCUGACGGUCUUUCCAGACUUCCAGAAGGGCCGGAUGUGCAAUUUGGUCUGCAAAUGCAACAGGGUAUUUUCAACGUCGAGGUUGAAGAGAUAAAGGCUGUGCAAGAUUUUCGAAUGUCUACCCUUCCGGUCACCGUGAAGCGGAUUGCUGAAGCGACACAAGAAGAUCCCUGUUUAAAAGAAGUAAUUCAGUUUAUUACAAACGGCUGGCCUGAGAGAACCGAACCUGAGUCCGCACCAUAUGUUCAACGACGAGCGGAGCUGACGACUCACAGAGGGUGCAUACUUCUCGGAUUACGUACGGUAGUUCCUGAUAAGUAUCGUCUGCAACUUCUGAACACCCUUCAUGAUUGCCAUGUCGGUCAAACAAAGAUGAAAAUGCUUUCCCGCUCAUACAUGUGGUGGCCAGGCCUCGAUAAAGAUAUUGAAGCCACAGUGAGACGUUGUCAUCAGUGUGCAGCCAUUGCAGCCCAGGAGUCCCCGGUUCCAUUUCAUCAAUGGGAGCCGCCAGAGAAACCGUGGUUUCGGCUACACGCGGACUUCACAGAGUUGCAUGGGAAAGAUUACCUCAUAAUAAUUGACGCAUUCUAUAAGUGGCCAGAGGUGGUGCCUAUGGCAGCAACUACAGCGACGAAGACAAUGGAUGCCAUGAAAGACAUUUUCGUGCAGCAUGGGCUUCCACAGGUUCUGGUGACAGAUAAUGGACCUCCCUUCACCAGUCAGCAGUUUACGACGUUCCUUGCGGAACUUGGAGUUCAUCACGUUCGUACGCCUCCAUAUCAUCCGAAGUCUAACCGACAAGCUGAAAACUUCGUACGAACGUUUAAAACAGCGCUAUCUCGCUCCGCUAUGGAGGGGAGAGAAAAUAUCAGAGAGUUCCUGUUCAAAUACCGUGUAACACCACAUGCAUCUACAGGUCGUCCACCUUGCGAGCGGCUCAACAGCAGGCACUAUCGGUCUGUGUUGGACCUUGUUAGACCUUCUGAUUUUUCUCUGAUUCCUGCGUCAACGGAUGCGGGUGCCCGAGAGCGACAAAGGCGUUGUCAUGAUAAACGGGCGCGGGACCGAUCUUUCGGAAAAGACGCAUGCGUGUGGAUGCUUGACCCGCAGAGGAAAGGUCACUGGAAAACCGGAAAAAUUAUGGAAAAAGAAGGGAGAGUGAUCUUCCAUGUGCGAGAUGCUGAUGGGAAGAUUCAUCGAGUACAUAAGGACUUGCAUGACGACAUAAGGACCAUCUUAAGCUCAGGGAAUCUUUGGAAUCGUGGGAAAGCGGAUUUUCGAAGACAACGGCAGAUCAAGAUCUUGUGCUCGAGGGACCGGAAUUUCCUUUACCGUUCCCCGAAGUGGAGGACCCACCAUUGA